UCUGCGCGUCCCCGUGCAGUAGGGCUCGAGCCGUUAACGGAGCGGCGGAUCACGGACGUGUGAUCACACAUUUCUCCUGAUCAAAAUAUCCAUCAGAGCCUACGUUCAGUUUAACGACAGUUCCGCGAUAUCUGGAUUACGAUGGCGCACACGGGUUCGUGAGGAGAGCGUUGUCGUUCGCUUAAGCUGUUUGGACUCUCAUUCUGAUGGCACCCAUUCACUGCAGGGGAUCCAUUAGUGAGCAACUGAUGCAGUGCUACAUUUCUCCAAAUCUGAUGAAGUACCAAACUCAUCUAAAUCUAAAAUAGCUUGAGGGUACUGAGAGCACAGUUUGUAAACUGUGUGUGUGAGCGACAUUCAGCCUUUAGUUCGUGUGUGUGAUGGAGGGCUUUCCUGUCCACUGACGCUGCAGCACUGCCCUGCAGUCAUGUCUGCAUGCAACACCUUCACUGAACAUGUGUGGAAACCAGGGGAGUGCAAAAACUGCUUUAAGCCCAAGAGCCUACACAGGCCUCCAGAGCAAGCCAAUGCUGCCAGUGAGAGCAAGACAAACGUCAGUGCCAAACUCACAAACAGCCAGAGGAGCAUUUCCUCGUCCCGUGCUGGGCAGGUCCGCCCACCUGUUGCCAAGAAGCCUACUAUUGCAGUAAAGCCUACCAUGAUGCUGCCAUGCUCCCCACCAGGCUUGGACGCAGAGGGAAAUGUGCCAAGGCUUCCGGAGGGAGCACAGGUCACUAAAACCUCACCUUUCACUGUGUGGAACCACAACAGCCUAAAUAGCUCGAGACCCACAGGGACAAACAACAAUCAAGGAGAGGGUUUGGUUGGGCAAACCGAGGCAUAUGGUGCAAUUUCCCCGCAGCCAACUAGCAGCAACAACAACGGACUGACCGACGUGCUAAAAGAGAUUGCUGGCCUGGGACCUUCUCCAAGCUCAAGUAGAGACGACUUCUUUGGCCGGAUCUGCAGUUCAUACCGACGCUCAUUAGAGAGGGGUCUUCCAGCAUCAAGUUGCCUCCAUGCUGGGAGUGGUGGUAGAGGAGCAAUGAAACGUGUUUCCCUCAGUGACAGUGCAGAGGUCAUCAGCUCUGAGGGAGGACGUUUCUGUUAUCCAGAGUUCUCCAGCGAUGGUGACGACGAGGAGGAUGAUAGUGGUGAUGAGUAUGAUGACGAUGGAGAGCAUGAUAGUUGGGAUGAAAGCGAUGAGGAGUUGCUGGCAAUGGGGAUACGAAUGCGGGGUCAACCUCGGUUCGCCAAUUUCCGUGCAGCAACGCUGUCCCCAGUUCCCUUCGCUGUUGGGAAGAAGUGGAAUACAGUGCCUCUGCGCAACCGUUCGCUGCAACGAUUCUGUGCAGUGGACUACGAUGACAGUUACGAUGAGAUUCUUAACGGUUACCCAUCUGUUGACUCAAAUGGAGCUCCUGCUCUCCUGUCAUACGCCUCUGACCACCAGGGCAGUGGUUUUCUCUCCACUUCUGAGUCCACCACCUCACCCGAAUCCUUGAUUUCUCUGCCCGAUGAAUCCUGCGCUGGCAGCAGUAGGGGCACUGGUGACCAGAGGAAUGGUCUUCCUUUCCCAGCUAGCAAAGAACCUUCAGUCAGAGGACUGAGUUCACCAAAACCCAGUGAAACGCAUAAAGCUGUUCUAGCCAUCCGACUGGAAGAACAAGAUGAGAGUCAGAGAGAAGGUGGGGCUCUCCCACAAGCUCUUCCAGGCCAGCCAAUCACAAUCAGCUUCAGCCCAACUGAGGAGCAGGCCAAGCCUUAUCGAGUAGUGAAUCUUGAGAAGACUCCUAUCUGUAAGCCCUAUACGGUGGUGGAUGUGUCUGCCUCUAUGGCCACUAAAGAUGAGCACACUCACUCGAGUGAAAGCACUCCAAAGUCAAGUGGGCCCAAUGUUGCACUUGAUCCCUGUCCUGUCUCACCCAUCUCACCUCAGUCCCCCAGAACUCCUGUUUCGCCCAUGACAUCUCCAUCAGUUUCAUUGUCUCCGGUAAUGCCUCAGUCUCCUACAAGUUCUGCUUCCGCAGGACCCAGCGGUUUCCGCACAAAACCCGGCAGCAUCCGUUACCAAGAAGUAUGGACGUCUUGCACCAGCCCUCGACAGAAGAUCCCUAAAGUUGAUUUAACAAGUGGCAGUGCCGCUCCAAGACUCAUCAAUCACAAAUCAGCUCCCACAUCUCCGACUACAGGCUUCGGCUCAGCCCGCACAGUCCCUACUAAAUCGCCUAACUUGUCUGAGAUCAAAUUUAACAGCUACAACAAUGCCGGCAUGCCUCCAUUUCCCAUCAUCAUCCGUGAUGAGCCUGCAUAUGCACGCAGCUCCAAAAAAGCGGUGAAAGUUCCCAUAGUGAUCAAUCCCAGUGCAUACGAUAACCUAGCUGUUUACAAGAGUUUCCUGGGACUCAACGGUGAGGUGCCACAUUCCAAGUCUGGGGCUGGAGAGCGAGUGACCAGCCACACUUAUGAGGAGAUUGGCUCUUCCGAAAGUUCCCAGCCUUCACCAUCUGAGCAGACACCACCUCAGAUCAAGUAUUCAACAGAUGUAACUGCUCUUGGAGAACUGAGGACCACCGCAGUAUCUGGACAGACUGUAAACGAUGGCAAAUCCAGGACUACAACAGGUGUCUCCAUCCUUCCUGCAGGUAGCCUGAGUCCAAGCCCUGCCAUUUUGGCACAUAGCAGUCUGGAUCGUAUUCGUAACCCCAGCAGUGAGCAACCAGAGGGCAGCAAGGAUUCCCAGGUCACAUCAAAUGGAAGUUCAGGUCAAAGAGAGAAAGCAAGUGCCGUUCUGUCUCAAAUUGUAGCCUCCAUUCAGCCGCCGCCUUCUCCUCCAGACUCCCCUACUGGACAGAGUAAGACAUGCAGUGCUGAGGAGCUUUACUCGCUGCCACCAGAUGCUUCCAGAGACAGGCCUAAAUCACUCCACUGUUCUGCAGAACCUCAAAAAGACACACCACCCAAAGUCCUUCCCAAAUCUCAGAGUGCCUCCGCUGCUGUACCACCCACAAGCCCCAAAUCUGAACCUAGUGCCCCGUUUCCCCCAGUCCGGUCUAGCUCCUCUCCUUACCACUCAAGCAACCUGCUCCAGAGGCAUUUCAGCAACUGGACCAGACCAGCUGGGGCCAAACCUAGUGAAGGAGAGACCAGUCCCAGUGUGGAGGGCAGGCGUUCGAAUGACAGUAACAAGCCCAAGCGCUGGAUAUCCUUCAAGAGUUUCUUCCGCCGGCGGAAGGACGAGGAUGAACAGAAAGAGAAAAUGGAACGAGAGAAGGAAAAAGGGAAGCUGCUGGGAUUGGAUGGGACGGUCAUCACUGUACUGCCUCCUCCACCUGUACAAAGACAGCACUGGUUUUCAGAGUCCAAGACGGAUGACCCUCACCAGAAACCUACGAUCAUAUUCACCUAUAAAUCAGAGAGUGUCACAGGUGGAGAGGAGGCAGAGCUUCGGGUUGAAGAACACAAAGAAGGUGUCACUGCAGACGGUGGAGCUUCAAGUCUGUCGACUCCACCCAAGAGCAGAGCCAGUAUCCUCAUUAGCAAAGUCAUGAAUCAGCUUCCAGUUCAGGAUACUGAGAUCUCCUCAGCCACCUCUCUUCCUGCUAAGCUGGAGCUGUCGCCCCUGCGUGAGCCGCCUGCCUCCUGUCCGCCCCCAGCAUCGCCCACCUCAAACAGCAGCAGACAGGGAGAGCGAGAGGAAGAGGGAAUCACAUACACCAUCUCACACUCUCCUGCAUCCAGCAGCUGCAGAGCCACGUACACCAACCUGGGUCAGUCCAGGGCCAACAUGAUCCCUGUCAAACAUCCCAGGCAUCCUAAAGCAUCUGAUGACACUUUAACCUCUGAUCCAGAGGUCACCGAACCCACAAAAUCCACCCCUCCACCCCUGCCUAAAAAGUCAGUCCCACGUGCCCAAACAGAGCCGUCGGCUCUAGGUAAAGAACUCUCUGCCCCACGACCCAAAGGAGAGGCCAGACCAGGCGGGACCAGUCUGAGCGUUGCCAAUCCACUCUACGAUCUCGAAUCCACAUGGGACACGGCCAGUCAGAGCUCCUCUCUUAGCUCAGAAGCACGACAUCCUGACGAAUCGGGAGACUCCCUGGAGCGUCCCGUCGGUGGGCGGAGCCUGUCUUGCCUGACCAAUAGCAGCUCCAUGCAGGCAUGCGACCGCCGAGGCUACCGAAGUACGGAAAGUCUGACAGCCCGGCCACGAGGGCCCGGGAGACCCGCUAAAACCCAGAAACAGGUGCCGUACAGAGGCAUGGAGAGCUGGGAGGAAGUGGUCGGGAGGAUCCGAGGCCUGCACACGGAUACCCUUCGCAAGUUGGCAGCCAGAUGUGAAGAUCGAUUUAUGGCCGGACAAAAAGAUCAUCUGCGCUUCGGAACAGACAGCUGGUCUCAUUUCCGGCUGACAGCGGGAAAACCCUGCUGCGAGGCAGGAGAUGCCGUGUACUACACGGCGUCUUUCGCUAAAGAGCCUCUGACGAACUACGCCGUUAAGAUCUGCCGAGGUGUGGUGAAGGAAACUCAGCAGCAGUUUUUCCACAGCCUAGCAGUUCGACAGAGCAUCGCUGUGCACUUCAACAUCCAGCAGGACUGUGGGCACUUCCUAGCAGAUGUUCCGGCUCGCCUGCUACCCUGGGAGCGAGAAGAGGAUGGAGAAGACAAGCAAGGUAGUACCGAAGGAGGAGAAGAGGGUAAAGGAAAGGAGGAUGAGAAAGAUGUGGCAGGUCUGGGUGGGAGACUCUGCAGCCGUGUUGUGGUGAUAACUCGAGAGGUGCCGUUCCAAACAGUGUCAGAUUUCGUACGGGAAGGUGUGGAGAGGCACGCGCGAAACCCUGAGCUCUACGAACGACAGGUGUGCCUGCUUCUGCUGCAGCUGUGUGCGGGACUAGAGCACAUGAAACCCUACCACGUCACGCAUUGCGACCUCCGGCUCGAGAACCUCCUCCUGGUGCACUGUCAGCCUGGGAACCCUUGGAAUCUUGAGCUCCUGGAACCGAACAACAAUGCUGCAUCUGGACCUUCAUCCGCCUUGGCUUCUGCUUGCCCUGCUCGGCUCAUCAUCAGCAACUUCUCUCAGGCCAAACUCAAGAACGUGGUGCUGGAACCCGCUUCGCUCCGAGACCAGUCCCGUCUAGCACCUGAGCUCCUCACUGCCACUCAAUACCGCAAGUGCGACGAAUUCCAGACCGGCAUACUGAUUUACGAGAUGCUGCAUCGACCGAACCCGUUCGAGGAAAGUCCGGAGCUGAAGGAGAGGGAAUACUGCAGCUCUGACUUGCCCCAGCUUCCCCUGCGAUCCCUCUACUCCAACGGCCUUCAACAGCUCGCCACGUUGCUGCUCAAUCCCAACCCUUCGGAGCGCAUCCAGAUGGCGGAUGCCCGGGCGUGCUUGCAAUGUCUGCUGUGGGGCCCACGAGAGGAUCUAUUCAACUCAUUGAACCCAGCCGCCGGGACAGUCCAGCGCCACACUGUCCUGCAAAACUGGCUGGACCUGAAGCGAACGCUCAUGAUGAUCAAGUUCGCAGAGCGUUCUUUGGACACGGGCUGCGGUGUAAGUCUGGAGGACUGGUUGUGCUGUCAGUAUCUGGCCUUUGCCACUACCGAAUCUCUCAGCAGAGUGAUCAAGAUCCUGCAGCAGCCACAGGGCGUGCUUAUUUGAUUCUAAUGACGCUGGGACAUGACAUAAGCGCUGUACAGACGUGUGAUUUUAUUCGAGAAAACCGUAACUUUGUUAGUGAAUGUGUUUGGGUUUGGUUUACUUUUAAUACCAUGCAGAGAGUCUGAACAAACCGUUUACAGGAUGAAAAGUGACAAAGUGAAGUCAUGUUUAACUCCACCGAUAAUGGCACAUUUAUAGAGCUGCUUUUAUAAACAAGUGAAACUGCAUGACGUGUGUGUAUGUGUGAGCGUGUUGUGGGUUUUCGGCCGGUGUGUGUAGUUACGCUUUUCAUUCUGCUGUAGGGACUCAUGUAUAUCAGCAGGAAACCACUGAUCCAACAUCAGCCGCAUCAUGAUUCCAGUAACUCAUGGAUAAUUAUUAUAUAAUCAUCGCAUACAGUUGAAGUCAAAAGUUUACGUCCCCCGUUUAGAAUCUGCAAAAUGUUAAUUAUUUUACCAAAACAAGAUGGAUCAUACAAAAUGCAUGUUAUUGUUUAUUUAGUACUGACCUGCAUAAGAUAUUUCACAUAAAAGACGUUUACAUAUAGUCCACAAGAAAAAAUAAAAGUUAAAUUUAUAAAAAUUACCCUGUUCAAAAGUUUACAUACACUUGAGUCUUAAUAUUGUGGGGGUUUUUUUAGUGAUAGUUGUUCAUGAGUCCUUUGUUUGUCCUGAACAGCCCACUGUUCUUCAGAAAAAAAUCCUUCAGGUCCCACAAAUUCUUUGGUUUUCCAGCAUUUUUGUGUAUUUGAACCCUUUCCAACAAUGACUAUAUGAUUUUGAGAUCCAUCUUUUCACACAACUGAGGGACUCAUAUGAAAAUAUUACAGAAGGUUCAAACACUCACUGAUGCUCCAGAAGGAAAAAAAACAUGCAUUAAGAGCCGGGGGUGAAAACUUUUGAACCGAAUAGAGAUGUGUACAUUUUUCUUAUUUUGCCUAAAUAUCACAUAUUUUUUUAUUUAGUACUGCCCUUCAGAGGCUACAGAAAAUAGUUACAUGUUUCCCAGAAGACAAAAUAAGUUAAAUUUACCCUGAUCUUCAAAUUCAAGAAAUGUUCAUCCCACCUUUAUUGCAUGGUUUUUCCUUUUGGAGCAUCAGUGAACGUUUGAACCUUCUGUAAUAGUUGCGUAUGAAUCCCUCAGUUGUCCUCAGUGUGAAAUGAUGGAUCCCAAAUUCAUACAGUCAUUGUUGGAAAGGGUUCAAAUACACAAAAAUGCUGUAAAACCAAAGAAUUUGUGGGACCUGAAGGAUUUUUCUGAAGAACAGAGGCAGUUUACUGUUCAGGACAAACGAUCACUAAACAAAAAAAAAACAAAAAAACACAAAGCUGUGGCUUAAUACUCAGUAUUAAGAAUCAAGUGGAUGUAAACUUUUGAAUGAGGUCAUUUUUAUACAUUCAACUAUUUUUUUUUUUUUGUGGACUAUAUGUAAACAUCUUUUUGUGAAAUGUCUCAUUCAGUUCAGUGUUAAAUAAAAAAAACAUGCAUUAUGCUUGAUACCACUUAUUUUGGUAAAAUAAUUAAGGUUUCUGAAAGGGGGAUAUAAACUUUAGACCUCAACUGUAUCAGAGUUUGUGUGGGGCGACAAAAUAAGGGUCCUCCAGUGGUCACGUUAGGUCAGUGAAUGAAUGAGUCUAACAUGCCUUACUUUAUAUGUGUCUGUGUAUAUAUAUAAAGAGAGAAAUUUAUGGAAAGUGGCAAAACAUCAUCUUUCAUCGGUCAUUUCACUCUAAUAUGUUUUUAUCAGAUCCUGAUAUAUCGUACAGAUUAGUUUGAGAGUACAGAUUGGAUAUUUUUCUACCAACAAGAGCACUGUAAAGUUUACCAAAGACUGAACACUCAAAGAACAAAACAUAUUUUUACAUUUUACAUCCAAGAGAAUAUAUUAAAACUCUCCCUCUUAAAGAAAGUGUCCUUAUGUACCUAAAACUUAUCAGUGCUUUGGCUCUCCAAAGUGCAUAGGAGUGUUUCCAAUCAUUGGGUUUGGCACCAAACUCACUUUAAUCAAACUAGAGUCACUCCAGAUUCUACUCGUAGCGUUUACACUUACAGUAAAGGCUCUGAACUGCUUUUAAGACGUAUCAGGAUAAAUCUAACCCCUGGAUAUCACUACACGGAUGUAUGUGCAAUCAUUAAAAGCAAGUGUUAUUAUUUGUUACAGUAUUUUAGAUAUAUUUAACGCACUUGGUAUUCUCAGCAUGCAAUUAUUCUUUAUCUUCCUGUUCUUGUUCGGCACAUAAUUGAUGAGAAUGCGAGCUUUGGGGUCAGACUCCCAGCGAGGCGUAUGCGAGAAUAUUUGAUUGUGUGUGUGAAACAUUAGUUUGAACCAGGGACGGCACAUUCUUCAGCAUUUUGUCCUUGUUGUAGUGUAGUUUUGAGGUGCGAGUGUGUGUUUCAGCCAAUGGCAAUUCAGAGACAGACUUCAGAGUGAAGUGUGUGAGCUGUACGGAAGCUGCAUCCCAGUUUGCUUAUUUCAGCAUACUACAGUUAUGCAUACUUGAGCAUGCUAGUAUUGCAACACAUUGCAUGUAAAUGUUAACAUAAAUGUGUUAUUUUCACUUUCAAUACAUGUAUUUAUUGCUGUUGCAGCUGCCUUUGAAUUUAUGAUUGUUCUGAAAAUGUUGAUAAAGAAAUGUUACAAGCUCCGCCUCUUCUCAAGGGGAUUGUGUGUAAUAUUGGCUCAAAAAGCAUCCACAAAAAGAGUAUACCAUCUAAUCACCUAUUUUAGACAUACUAUAAUUUGCAGCACACUAAACUAAAUUUUGCAUACUUUAUAGUACUAAUAGUAUGCAAACUGGGAUGCAGAUAUUGUCACGCUUCACUGUUUCUAUUUUCAUUUACAUAUUCAGAAAGGGAUUGAUAGUGUAUGAAAAAGGGUUUGUGUGAGGUCAUUGGAUAGCGUCUCUGUCAAUCACAAAUUAGGGCGGGACCAUUGGUUUGCUCCCAGCUUCUAUUUCCAAAACAGCAGUUACAGUUUCAUCAAUUCCAUUAGAGUGAAACAGGAAUAUUGUGUGUGUGUGUGUGUGUGUGUGUGUGUGAGAGAGAGAGAAAAAUUGCGGUGCGUGUCACGCUGAAUGUUUGCGGGUCACACCGUAGCAAUAUGUUGUAUUGUAUUUGUAUAUAAUAAUUUGAGUGUAGUUUAAAUUCAUUUUAGCAGUACGGGCAUGAUUCUGUGUGUCACAGAAAGAACUUGAGAGAGAGAGAAUGAGAGAGACGUAUCAGCAGAUGUCUGUAACCUGGAGAACGUGUGUGUUUUUUGCUCACCCGCCAUCAAUUUAUCAGUUUCUUUCACAGCAUUUCACUGAAAUCAUGUAUUUACUGUUAUUUACAAAUGUUUAUUGCCAGUGAUGAUUUCACAGAACUGCUUUUUACCUACAACUGCAUAUCUCAUGGUAUUUAGCUCUACAUUACUGAGUUAACUGCUCAUAAUAAAACUAUGAAUAUGUUUUUAAACAAGA